UAAGUAUAAAACUGAGUCAUAUUAGGGGCAAGCAUCCUCACACAGAGUCUGCACUCCAAGACAGAUCUAGCAAGGAAAUGUCUAACUGGGGAGUGACAAGCAAGGACAAUCAAACAAUCCAAUAUUGCUUUCCAAACAACAAUUUGUCUUGUACCAGAAGUAUCCGACCUGAAGCAGAGUUCAUUGCUGUGUACAUUUUCAUUGCUGUAACAUCAGUGUUCACCGUGUUUCUGAAUCUGUUGGUGAUCAUCUCCAUCUCGCACUUCAAGCAGCUCCACACUCCCACCAAUGUGCUGAUCCUCUCUCUGGCAGUGGCUGAUCUGAUCGCAGGACUGAUUCUCAUGCCAGUGCAGGGAAUGAAACUGAUUGAGCCAUGCUGGUACUUUGGAGAAAUAUUUUGCUCAAUGUUUCUUCUUAUUCUUUAUGUGGUUGUCACAGCAUCUCUUGGUAAUUUGAUUAUUAUAUCUGUGGAUCGAUACAUUGCUGUGAAUGACCCUUUGCGAUAUCCAAUGAAGGUCAAUAAUAUCAGAGUUGUUGUUUCUAUUGUUGUAAACUGGAUAUUCUCCUUCAUAUAUAAUUUUUAUCUGUUGUAUGAGUUUUUACUGUAUCCAGAGAGGAACCACACAUGUAUUGGAGAAUGCAUAAUUUCCGUUAAGCUGGAAAAUAUAAUACUAGAUGCUCUGGUUUGUUUAGUGGCACCUUGUUGGGUAAUUAUUCCUUUAUAUGUGAAAAUCUGCUUUGUAGCAAAACGGCAAGCGAAGCAUUUAAAUUCAGUCACAGACAAAAAGGCAAAAUCAGAAAAAAAGGCUGCAAGAACCUUAGGGAUUGUAGUACUGGUUUAUCUUCUUUGCUGGAUGCCAUACUAUUUAAUUAGUCUUUCUCUUGGGCAUGAUGAAAAUGACGUUCUUAUAGUUAAUGUAAUGUAUUGGAUUGUAUGCAUAAAUUCCUGUAUGAAUCCACUUAUAUAUGCAAUGUUUUAUCGAUGGUUCAGACUGUCAGCAAAAUACAUUUUGACACUGAAAAUAUUUGAACCUUCAUCAGCAUACUUAAAUCUGUUCCCAGAAGAGAAAUGAUCACUUGCACUCUCAUGCAAAUGUAAAUGAGAUAUUGUGUCUUCAAAUGAAAUAGAGUUCUUGUUUUAAGCACCUCUUUAUAGAACAUUAGGAGGAGAAUUAUGGUGUCUAACAUGUAUAUUGUGAUCAUAUUUGUGAGUGACACUAUCUGCUCCAUUUGCUCUGUCUGAAAAUUUAAGAACAGCAAAACUGUAGUAAUGAUGCUUGGAAGAUAGAUGUAAAAAGAAAAUUGAAUAUUUGUCACACUAAAGUAGUUAUUACAAAGAUAAUCUUUAGUUUAAAUGAAAGAAAUUUACUUUAUUAGAAGAAAGGUACAAUAUAUUUUGAUGCAUAGCCAUGGUAACUGUACACUUACAGUAAAACAAUUGAGACAAAUUUCACAACAUGAGCUGAAAUGAUUGAUGAUGGGCAGGAGUGAUGUUUGAUCAUUAUAAUGGAAAUUAUUAUUAAGCUCUUCAUAUCUCCUGUUUUCUGCCUGUUUUUAUCUUACAAAUAAGAAUGAACCAAUUAACCAGUAUGACAUUCAAUUAGUAAUACACUCAUUCUGUAUUUCUACAGCGUGUUAAGCAUUUACAUUUUUAAAAUGCAUUUAUUUCAAAGCUUACAAUAUGCAUGGCAUUAAUUUAAAGUAUAUUUAAUUUCGAACUUUCAGAAGUUUUUCAUAAAUACAGUUUCCUUUGAUAUGUAGUGCAUUCAGUUCCUGAAUAAUAAAAAAAUAUAUUUUGGAAUAAUACUUUCAGUUUCAUUUUAUACAUUUAUGAGGGGAAAGAUGUUAUGAUUCAGUCAAACAAUCCCAACUGUGUUUAGGCUAACAGCUCUCAUUGAUGUGUCGGGUCCUCACAAUAGAAGAAGUACUGACCAUUUUUGCAGGAAUAUGAGGGAACCCAGUGUGCCUGUAGCUUUCUUUAUUUCUGUUUUGAUGAGUGGCAGAAAAAAGUAAGGCCUAUGGCAUGUAUGGCAUAUCUCAUCUGCUCCAAAUUACACACCAAAUCAAGCUGUGAUAUGAGGUCAAACAUAUAUAUUGAAAAUGCGGAGGGUGCUGUCAUGGGUUGCAAGAGCACUCAAUUUCCUACUUAGA